GGAACCCAUGUCUUCCCUUGCGAAAAUUUCUCUUGACGAAGUUCCGAACAUGGCUGGAGACUUCACACUCGUGCACCGCCGAAUGAUAGAGAAUGCGCACGAGCUCACAAGAAAGAGAGGGUUCCUGUUUGAGCGUGUGCACACGAUGGUUGCGGAUCUGAAGCGAAUGCGUGCCGAUGUUGAUGACGUGAACUUGAGGGAGGCCGUCGCCGCAUCCAAGUUGGCGGAUUCUGAGUGCAUUGUUGCGGAGCUGCAGGACGUGGUCGACCACCUUCGUGCGCGGGUUCUGAUGUUGGAGGGGGAGGUCCGCAAGACCCAGGACGGGGGGCGAAUAAUGUCGAACUCCACGGACAGUCCACCUUUUCCGAGCGGAGGGACUGUCGCUAGUGUUGUUGUGUCCUUCUGCCAGCAAGGAGCGGAAGCUGCAGUCUGCUCCCAUGGCUGGAGGACAGUUGGCAGUGCGGGGGUCCGUGGUUGGUCAUGCUCGAAUCCGGGGAGAUCUCCGGACCGUCUUGAGAUCGAGCGGGUCACCGAACGUUUACGUAGGACAGUCGCAGGGGAUGCGGACUCGUCCACUGGUGGCAUGGCGGGGGGAAAGUGGGAGAUGCCAUCGCCGUAGUCUGGAUCAGCGCCUAGUUUCAAAAAAAUUGUAUGCGUAUUUUUUGUUUUCCUGAUAUGUGUUCUCAAGGUUGUUUUCAUGUCGUUUCAUAGCACACCGGGAUGCUGCGGGUGUUUUUUGUCGUCUGUCAAUGAACCGCUAACGACAAA